GUGAGUAAAGAUAUGGAAUUGACAGAAGGAUGCAUCGCCGCCAUACUAUGUCGCACUACUCCGUUGGAUGUUGCUAGACUCUCCUCCGUUUCAAAGAUCUUCCGCUCCGCCGCUGAUUCUAACAAAGUUUGGGAUCAUUUUCUCCCUUCUGAUUAUCAUUCCAUCAUUUCUCAGUCUCCUUCCCUGGCCAACGCUCCUUCAAAGAAAGCCCUUUACCUUGCUCUCUCUGAUUGCCCCAUCAUCAUCGAUCAGGGUAAAAAGAGCUUUCAAUUGGAUAGAAAGAAUGGGAAGAAGAGUUACAUGCUUUCUGCCAGAGCUCUCUCAAUCGCCAGAGGUGAUUAUGAGUCGUACCCACACUGGGUCAUCCUCCCAGAGUCUAGGUUUAAAGAAGUUGCCAGGCUUAAAGUUGCUUGCUGGUAUGAUAUUUGGGGGCAGAUAAAUAUUGCUGCUUUGUCCCCAAACACUCAGUAUUCAGCUUUUCUUGUGUUCAAGUUGGCCAAUUCCCUUGGAUUUCACUAUGAUCCUGUGUUGUUAUCGGUGGGCAUUUCGGGAGGCCAUAUCUGUUCUAAGAAGACUUUGUUGGACCCGAGCAUAGAAGAGGGGCACCUGGACAAUAGAACCAAGGUACUAGAAUGUCCAAAUAUGAGAAGUGAUGGGUUGUUGGAGAUUGAGAUGGGGGAGUUCUUCAAUUCAGGUUCAGGGAAUGAUAAAGUUGAGAUGACUAUUAUGAUGACAGGUAAGGGUUAUUGGAAUGGUAUUUUGUAUCUUGAAGGAAUAGAAGUUAGGCCUAAAACAUCUGGUUCCAGAAGAAAUAGUAUUUAGGCCUAGAAAUAUGUUAAGCGUCUUGCAAAU